UUGUUGAAAUUUCAGUUUUCAAAUAAUUUGCUGAACUGCACGCCGAUAUACAUACAUAUUCGCUCUGUGAUAUUGUAAUUUAUACCUAUUUACUAUUCUUUUUUCUAUUUAUAAGAUAAUCUGCGGAACACCAAUCGGUUAUAUGAGCCUGGUCGACCAUAUAUCAAUAAAAUAAAUAUCAUUUUAAAAUCGUAACAUUGAUAUCGAUUUGCAAUAAUGAACAUUAAUGAUGGUAAUGAAGAGCUUGAACUUGCUCAACACGAUACAGUUCUUAUAACACCGCACAACAAAACGUAUUCUUUGGAAGCUCAAUAUAAAAUGAGUCCUAUUGAUAACGAUAUACCAAACGAGAGUAGUUCUCUCAUCUAUUCAAGCAUGCGACAGAGACUAUUCAAAUAUCGUGAUCGAAUCAAGAAUCGGAGCCUUCUGGUCGAUUUGUUUGCGAUAUCUUUCGGCAUUUGUACAUGGCUUUGUGUCAAUGGAACAUUUCUCCAACUUCCGCUUCUGGUGGAUACAGCACCCGAAUCAUGGACUCUUCCAUCCUACCUCAGUAUUGUUGUUCAAUUAGGAAAUCUGGGACCGUUGAUUUACACGUUCCUUCAAAAAAUCUCACGUAAUCGUAUAAACGAAUCAAUAGCCAUCUACAUGCUCUUAGCAACUGGAACUAUUCCGGCGAUCUUAGCUGCAUUUUUCUACGAUCAGACAGCAGUUAUAAAGGAUAGAGAAUACAGCUUGGCUCUGUACAUAUUCAUGUUCUGUUUUGCUGUGAAAGCAUGUACUAGUUCGGUCUUAUUCAUGCCCUAUAUGGGGCGAUUUAAGGAGAUUUAUCUGGUCACAUAUCUUUGUGGCGAAGGACUGAGUGGAUUGUUACCAAGUGUUGUAGCUCUGAUUCAAGGAGUUGGAGGAAGGAGUGAAUGCCUUCUACACCAGACUGAGUCAGGACCAGUUUGGGAAAAGUAUACCCCACCACCACUUUUUGGAACAAGGGAAUUCUUCAUAAUUUGUUUUGUGUUGAUGCUAUGCAGUUGCCUUGGGUUCUUACUCUUGGAUCAGCUUAAAUUGUCAAAGAAGGAAUAUGCCAAUGUUACCGUGACAACUGGCAAUAAGUAUACUUAUGAAAAAGAUGAAAAAAAUUCAAAAACUGUUGAAAACCUGCGUCAAAUAUCAUCUUUUCAAAAGAAAGGCACGCUUGUGCUCAUGGGCGUGAUAAGCUUUUUUGCCAAUGGCAUGUUCAGUAGCAUUCAAUCUUAUUCCACAAUGCCUUAUGGAAACCAAGCAUAUCACUUAACAGCAACUCUAAGUUUAAUAGCUAAUCCUAUAGGCUGCUUUUUGGCUGUGUUUCAGCCUCACACUAGUUUAAAGUCAAUUCUUUUCCUAACUUCAAUAACUGUUUUAUGUUCAAUUUACGUUUUUGUAACGGCUUUCAUGAGUCCGAAUCCAUUUUUGGUGAAAAGUUCCUGGGGCAGUACACUAAUUAUAACAAUAUGGACUCUUUUGAUAGGAAUCAUUAGCUAUGUUAAGGUUUGCAUAACAACGAUGAUGCGUUCUCAAGGUGGCAAGUCACUCGUGUGGACAGGAACUGUUUCGUUAAUUGGUUCUUCGGUCGGAUCGGUAUUGAUCUUUAUUCUGAUAAAUUUUACUUUUAUUUUUAAGUCAUACGAAGAAACUUGUGGUUAACACCAA